UUUGACUCCGACAGCGGACUGUAAAGUGGGAAAAUGACCGACAGUGACCUAGACCAAACCGUGUUUUAGCGGAUAGGUCUUCACACUUUUUAUCAACAGAAUAAAAGUUAUCGGUACCAAGAGCGGAUAAAUAUUUUCUACCAUUUAAGAGCAAUUUCAUAUGAAACACUUUUUUUUUUUUUUUAUUGAGCGUGCGCACAGGGUUGCAUUUUAUCGCAUGAGCGAAUGUCAGCUAUAGUGRUAGCAGCUCGUUUCCUUUAGCUUGGUAUCAUCUUCUAUCAUACGUAGCUAGUUAGYUGCAACAAUGGAUAAAGCCAAAUCAAUUAUCGAUAAAAACGGGUCKGGAUUGUGUUAUGCCAAUGGACUGCAAAGGGGGUUUCAUUCUCAGGCUAGCAAAGGUGGAUGCAAUGCAUACAAUUCAAGUGGAAACUGUAGUGGCGGUACUAGCAACGUUGAACACUACCAUUAUCUGCAUACCGAUGACGUCGAAGCCAAUGGGUCCUCCCCUGCGAAAAGAUGCAGGUUACGAAGAAGAGUUGAAUCAGUGAAGAAGAACAGACCACCCUUCCCCUGGUUCGGGAUGGACAUCGGCGGUACUCUGGUGAAGCUGGUCUACUUCGAGCCUAAGGACAUCACGGCGGAGGAGGAACAGGAAGAAGUGGAAAACCUGAAGAGCAUCCGCCGCUACUUGACCUCCAACACGGCGUACGGGAAGACGGGUGUCCGAGACGUCCACCUGGAACUGAAGAACCUGACCAUGUGUGGCCGGACGGGCAACCUGCACUUCAUCCGUUUCCCCACGCAGGCCAUGCACCGCUUCAUCCAGAUGGGAAGCGACAAGAACUUCUCCAGCCUUCACACCACGCUCUGCGCCACUGGCGGAGGGGCCUACAAGUUUGAGAAUGACUUCAGAACGAUGGCUGAUUUAGAGCUGUUGAAGCUGGAUGAGCUUGACUGUCUGAUUCAUGGCCUACUCUAUGUGGACUCCGUGAGCUUCAACGGCCACCCUCAGUGUUACUACUUGGAGAACCCGUCAGACACCCAGAACAGUGUGAAGACACCGUGCAGUCUGGCCGACCCGUUCCCUAUGCUGCUGGUCAACAUUGGAUCUGGGGUUAGCAUCCUGGCUGUGUACUCCAAAGAUGACUACAAACGGGUCACCGGUACCAGUCUUGGUGGGGGUACGUUCCUGGGCCUGUGCUGCUUGCUGACGGGGUGUGAGACGUUUGAAGAGGCGCUGGAUAUGGCUAGCAGAGGGGACAGCAGCAAUGUGGACAAGCUGGUGAAGGAUAUCUACGGAGGAGACUAUGAGCGYUUCAGCCUCCAAGGAUCUGCUGUGGCCUCAAGAAAUGCAGGGGUAUUUUCUAAUGGAGCACUGGUACCGAAGAGCUCCGAUGAAAAAAGCUUUGGCCACAUGAUGAGCAAAGAGAAACGAGACUCCAUCAGCAAAGAGGACCUGGCCCGGGCUAUGCUGGUUACCAUCACCAAUAACAUAGGCUCCAUCGCACGCAUGUGUGCCGUCAACGAGAAAAUCGAGAGAGUUGUGUUUGUUGGAAAUUUCUUACGGAUCAACACCGUGUCUACUAAGCUGCUGGCCUACGCCAUGGACUUCUGGUCCAACGGACAACUGAAGGCCUUGUUCUUAGAACACGAGGGCUAUUUUGGAGCGGUUGGGGCAUUAUGGAGCUGGUUGAAGACGUCUGAGGAGCCGUGAAGACAUGCCAUGUCGUCUGGGAGCCGUGAAGACUGCCCAUGUCGUCUGAG